AUGCCAGAUUUGACUUGCUGUGUUGUGCAGCACGAUGCUUUGGAGGAUGGAAAUGCAGAUCAGGGCAAUAUCUCCAGAGUACAUGCAGUUGUACAUGUGCAUGUAGUUGUACAUCUCCAGAGACUACAACUACUAAAAGUCCAACAACUCAAACAUCAACAGACACUACAACCCCUGAAACCGCAACAACUCAAACAUCAACAGACACUACAACCCCUGAAACCGCAACAACUAAAACAUCAACAGACACCACAACCCCUGAAACCGCAACAACUGAAACAUCAACAGACAUCACAACCCCUGAAACCGCAACAACCCAAACAUCAAAAGACACCACAACCCCUGAAACCGCAACAACUGAAACAUCAACAGACACCACAACCCCUGAAACCGCAACAACUGAAACAUCAACAGACACCACAACCCCUGCAACCGCAACAACAACCCAAACAUCAACAGACACUACAACCCCUGAAACCGCAACAACUGAAACAUCAACAGACACCACAACCCCUGCAACCGCAACAACUGAAACAUCAACAGACACCACAACCCCUGAAACCGCAACAACCGAAACAUCAACAGACACCACAACCCCUGAAACCGCAACAACUGAAACAUCAACAGACACCACAACCCCUGAAACCUCAACAACCGAAACAUCAACAGACACCGCAACCCCUGAAACCGCAACAACAACCCAAACAUCAACAGACACCACAACCACUGAAACCGCAACAACAACUGAAACAUCAACAGACACCACAACCCCUGAAACCGCAACAACCGAAACAUCAACAGACACCACAACCCCUGCAACCGCAACAACAACCCAAACAUCAACAGACACAACAACCCCUGAAACCACAACAACCGAAACAUCAACAGACACCACAACCCCUGAAACCGCAACAACUGAAACAUCAACAGACACCACAACCCCUGAAACCGCAACAACAACCCAAACAUCAACAGACACCACAACCACUGAAACCGCAACAACUGAAACAUCAACAGACACCACAACCCCUGUAACCGCAACAACUCAAACAUCAACAGACACCACAACCCCUGAAACCGCAACAACUGAAACAUCAACAGACACCACAACCCCUGAAACCGCAACAAC